AAGAAUCUGUUUGGAUCACGUGUUUACAUAAAUUUGAUAGGGAGUGAUCGACGCAUCGUGAAAGCAGAUUAAGUCUUUUCUUAUUAGUAGUCUCGGAAGUUUCUCCCGCACAAUAAUGAGUCUGAAAGGACCGCGUGAAUUUAAAGGCCCGUCAAAAAGGAGGAGAUCUGAGACUGAACGCGCUGCAGAACGACCGGCUGAAUGCACAAGUAAAAGACUCAAGUCAACGAGAGCUUCUUCUCCAACACUCAGUUAUAUGUCAAUGAGGACAGACUGGUCAAUGGAUCCACCUGCCAACUUCAAAGAUAGAGAGACAUUUCCUCGGCAUUUAAGAGUAAAAGCAGCUUCUCCUUCAUCCUCUUUGAGGACUGACUGGUCAAUGGAUCCACCAGCCAACUUUAAAUGUGGAGAGUCGAACGCAAGAGAAAAAGUAUCUUCAAAGGGACGACCAGCUAACUUCAAAGCUUCAGAAGACUUCCCAUUGCAUUCAAGAAUGUGGACAGAGCAUCACUUACAGUGUGCACUGUGUAAAUCGAUGUUAAAGGAUCCAGCCUCCAUCACAUGUGGACAUAAUUUCUGCAGAGACUGUAUUAAUGCAUUCUGGGACAAUUGUGCAGGAGAUUUUGUUUGUCCUCAGUGUGGUCAGGCAUCAGAAACACGUCCAGUGCUGAACACAAAUGUUGCUCUGGCUGAGGUGGUCAAAAACAUGCAGCAAACCUUCAGUCCAGCUCUUCCUCCACAGUGUUAUGCUGGACCAGAAGACGUGGUCUGUGAUUUCUGCACCGAGAACCGAUUGAAAGCUGUGAAGUCUUGUUCAACAUGUGGUGUUUUUCUCUGUGAGACUCACAUCAGGCAACAUUACACAAUACCAGCACUACAGAAACACACACUGCGUGACGUGACCGGAGAAGAUCAGAUGAAGAUGAAACUCUUACUGGAGCAACAGAAAACUGUCAAUAUUUUCAGUAGUGUUACCAGUGGACAACAGUAUCAGACAGACAAGACUCAAGACCCUAUAAAGGAUAUUGCUGUCAAGAGCUUUUUUGAGUCAUUGUUGAAAAAUGCCACACUUCAGAAACGUCCAAAAAAAUUCACCAAGCCCUCCAGACCUAAUCCGAGAGAUAAUAAAGAUGUUAGGCGUCUUACACACGUGUGCUCGACACUUCAGCAAGAUAUUUCUGGGCUUAAAAAGAGCAUCUCGAAGUUUACAAAAGUAAAGCAUACUAAAAAAGCAAUCAAUUAUAAAGAGGAUUCUGAACGUGAUUAUGAUGAUGAUGAUGAUGAUGAAGAUUCAGAUGAAAGGAGUGAUGAUGAAGAGAGCUAUGAAGAUUACUCUGAUGAGGAGCAAGAAGGCUCUGAAAAUAGUAGCUAUGAUGAGGAGGACGAGGAUGAAGAUAGUAGUGAGAAUGAGGAAGACGGCUCUGAAUACAGUGAUGAGGGAUCUGAUGAUGAGCAUACGGGAAGAUCUGAGGAUCGCAGUUCUGAUGAAUACAGCACUGAGGAUGACGAGGAGGACUAUUGAUAUGACAAAUGUGUGAAUCUGAGUUGGUGAUUAAUAAUAGAUAAUGUUUUGUUAACUUAAUGGGCCUUUCAGUACUGCAUUUUAAUUCAAAAUGUUGCUAUGCAUUGUUUACAGUGCAUAAAACAUGGGCUUUUACACUUGAAAUACUGUAGAGGUACAUUUAGUUCUUAAAACCUGGUGACAGAAAUCCAUGUUUGUUUGUUUUGUUUUUUGGUUCAUGCUGUUUAUAAUUUACGCAAGUUAAAGCUCAUCACUGAUUGUACUAUCGAGUGUAUAGCCACAUUUUCUUACUACAAUGCAAAAAGUAUCAAGCUGAAUUUACUUGGCUGAAUAGCUUAUGGAAACUGAAUCCCUCAAAUUUAAUAAGCAAAUUAGUUCCCAACUUUGAGUAGAUACAACUUACUUUUACUUUAUGCAGGUAACUUGUUAACUUGUAUUGGUUAAGAGAGUGCUGUACAUUGAAUCCCAUAAAACGUGUGAAUUCGCCUUUUGUCUGAACAUGUGCUGAUAUACCUGCCAACCAAAGUGUGGUACUGCUGAAACAAUACGAAAAAAUCAAACAGCUCCAGCCUUUAGUCAAACUUUUUAAAAGUCAGUACAGCUAAAUUCUUCCAGUUUAACUACUGGAUCCCCCUUAAAGUUUGCAUAACACAGUAAAAUCAACCAAAACUAGUUACAAGCAUUUUUUAAGAUUGACUGUUUACUUUUUACUGUGUAUUUGCCAUUCAAGCCUUAUAACUUAAACAGCUCCAUUACUGUACAAAGCAAUAUUGCUUAGCAUCUAGUUGUAUAAAUCUUAACACAACUAUAGGCUACUACUUCUAUAAUUGCUAACAUAAAUGCAAAGUGGUGCAAAACACAACUUAUGAUUCAUUCAUUUUCUUUUCAGCUUAGUCCCUCUAUUAAUCUGGGGGUCGCCACAGCAGAAUGAACCACCAAC